GCCUGAUCCCAUAUCCAUCAACGGAGUGCCUCGCGAGAGUGCGUAUGUGGUGUGUUUGGUUGAGGGCAGCUUCCCUUCAGCUGACUUUGGUGAUCUCCACAGUCGACUGGUGGCUGUGCGCGUGCACUCUGCUGAUGAGUUACAGUUGCUUGUAUCAGUUAGUAUGCCCCAGUUCGCAGCCUCAGAUGGAGGUGAGCGUGUUCUUUUGUGUGUGUGUGUGUGUGACUGGUCUGGUGAGGGGUAA